GGCCCCCUUUCUCCUUUUCUACCUUCUCUGUCCCCACCCCCUGGGAGAGAAAGCAGGGUCUUUGUGGCCCUUCCCCCAGAGCAGCGCCAGAAGCAGAGGGGGCGGGCCAUAGGGCAGAGAUACUUCGACUGGCCGCCUGACCCCCAGGUGCAUUGUCCAGCCGCGACCACCCCCCAACCCCAUGCCGCGACCCUCCCCUCCCCCAAUUUGGCUGCCCUGCUGCUCCUUUCAACGUCUCCUUCCGCCUGGCCGGCCAUCCUGCCUGCCGGUCACCAGAGGCCAGAUGCACAAAGUAGUCCGAGGCUAGCGGUGGCGGACACCGGAGGGAGGGAAGCAGCUCUUGUCCAUCCCGCCUCCGCCCUGGCGCCGCCGCCUUCUUACCCCGCCCCUAGCUGGGCUCCGAGUUCUCUCCUCCUUUAGAACGUUGGUCCGUGCGCUGGGGCCCGGCCACCCGGACCAAAGAGUCUAACCCCAGCCUCAGGUCUAGUCCAUGCUCAAACCUAUCUGAGUUGUGCUGCGCUGUUCUGUGCGGUGCUGCGCUACGGCGGAUCCCCUGCAGGAAACCCGGACUGCUUCGUCCCCAAGCCAGCCUUGGCCCUCGAGGCGGAGCGGGGAGGUAGAGCCAGACUGGGGAGCCCCGAGCCGCCCAGGUGGAGCUUGGGGGGAGCAUGCUGGGGCAGCCCAAUUGAAUGGCGCCUUCUCCCCGACCUCUAACCAGGCUGCGACCACCCGGGAUGUUGCUGCGAGCCGUCCUGUUCCUCCUCAUCUCUGGCCCAGGAGUGUGGUGUUUUAGUGAACUGUUCUUUAUAAAAGAGCCACAGGAUGUAACUGUCACAAGAAAGGACCCAGUGGUUUUGGAUUGUCAGGCACAUGGAGAACUUCCUAUUAAGAUCACAUGGCUAAAAAAUGGAGCCAAAGUUUCUGAAAAUAAACGGAUCCAUGCAUUAUCUAAUGGCUCUUUAUAUAUCAGUGAGGUAGAAGGCAAACGAGGAGAACUAUCUGAUGAAGGACUCUACCAGUGUUUGGCUCUAAACAAAUAUGGGGCCAUUUUGAGCCAAAAAGCUCAUCUCACAUUAGCAACCAUUUCUGCAUUUGAAGUUCAACCAGUUUCAAUUGAGGUCCAAGAAGGUGGGGUUGCAAGACUUGCUUGUAAGAUUACUUCACAUCCUCCUGCUAUCAUAACUUGGGAAUUAAAUCGAACAAGCUUACCAUUGGCCAUGGACAGGAUAACAGCUCUGCCAACAGGAGUGUUGCAAAUCUAUGGUGUUGGUCAAAAGGAUGCUGGGAAUUAUCGUUGUGUUGCUACUACUAUAGCCAGUAGACGUAAAAGCAUAGAGGCUACUGUAACUGUGAUCCCAGCUAAGGAGUCUAAGUCAUUCCACAAACCAACUAUUAUAGCAGGUCCACAGAAUAUAACAACUUCUCUGCAUCAGACUAUUGUGUUGGAAUGCAUGGCUACAGGAAACCCUAAGCCAAUCAUUUCUUGGAGUCGUCUUGAUCAUAAGUCUAUUGAUGUAUUUAAUACUCGAGUACUUGGAAAUGGCAAUCUCAUGAUAUCUGAUGUUAAACUGCAGCAUGCUGGAAUAUAUAUUUGCCGUGCCACUACCCCAGGCACACGGAAUUUUACAGUCUCCAUGGCAACUCUAACUGUACUAGCUCCUCCUUCAUUUGUGGAAUGGCCAGAAAGUUUAACAAGGCCCCGAGCUGGCACUGCUCGUUUUGUAUGUCAGGCAGAGGGAAUUCCCUCACCCAAAAUGUCAUGGUUGAAAAAUGGAAGAAGAAUUCAUUCAAAUGGAAGAAUAAAAAUGUAUAACAGCAAAUUGGUCAUUAACCAGAUUAUUCCUGAAGACGAUGCGAUUUACCAAUGUAUGGCUGAGAAUAGCCAAGGAUCUAUUUUGUCCAGAGCUAGACUGACUGUAGUAAUGUCAGAAGAUAGACCUGGUGCUCCUUGUAAUGUUCAUGCCGAAACUAUGUCAAGUUCAGCCAUCCUUUUGGCUUGGGAGAGGCCACUUUAUAAUUCUGACAAAGUUAUUGCUUAUUCAGUGCAUUAUAUGAAAGCAGAAGGUUUAAAUAAUGAAGAGUAUCAAGUAGUCAUUGGAAAUGAUACAACUCAUUAUAUUAUUGAUGACUUAGAGCCAGCCAGCAAUUAUACUUUUUAUAUUGUGGCAUAUAUGCCAAUGGGAGCCAGCCAAAUGUCUGAUCAUGUGACUCAGAAUACACUUGAAGAUGUUCCUUUAAGACCUCCAGAAAUUAGUUUGACAAGUCGAAGUCCCACAGAUAUUCUCAUCUCAUGGCUACCAAUCCCAGCCAAAUACCGGCGAGGCCAGGUUGUCCUUUAUCGGGUGUCCUUUCGAAUCAGUACAGAGAAUGCUGUCCAAGUUCUGGAACUUCCAGGAACCAUUCAUGAAUACCUCUUGGAGGGCCUGAAGCCUGAUAGUGUCUACCUGGUCAGAAUUACUGCUGCAACAAGGGUGGGAUUGGGAGAGGCAUCAGUGUGGACUUCUCAUAGGACACCAAAAGCUACAAGUGUGAAAGCCCCCAAAUCUCCAGAAUUACGUUUGGAACCUCUGAAUUGUACCACGAUUACAGUGAGGUGGCAGCAAGAUUCUGAGGAUACAGCAACUGUUCAGGGCUACAAGCUAUAUUACAAAGAGGAAGGGCAGCAGGAGAAUGGACCAGUUCUUCUGGAUGCUAGUGACCUUCUUCAUACAAUUAGUGGUUUAGAUCCAAGAAGGAAAUAUCAUGUGAGACUGCUGGCAUAUAACAAUAUGGAAGAUGGUUAUCAGGCAGACCAAACAGUCAGUACUCCAGGGUGUGUUUCUGUUCGUGAUCGUAUGGUUCCUCCACCACCUCCACCUCAUCAUCUUUAUGCAAAGGCUAAUACCUCAUCUUCUAUCUACCUGAACUGGGGGAGGCCUGCCUUUACCUCUGCACAAAUAAUUAAUUAUACCAUCCGCUGUAACCCUGUGGGCCUUCAGAAUGCUUCUUUGGUUCAGUAUCUUCAAACAUCAGAAACUCAUAUGUUGGUUCAAAGCCUAGAACCAAAUACCAAGUAUGAAUUUGCUGUUCGUUUGCAUGUGGACCAGCUCUCCAGUCCCUGGAGCCCUGUAGUUUACCAUUCAACACUUCCAGAAGCACCAGCAGGCCCGCCAGUUGGAGUGAAGGUGACUUUGAUAGAGGAUGACACUGCUUUGGUUUCUUGGAAACCCCCUGAUGGCCCUGAAACGGUUGUGACUCGUUACACCAUCCUGUAUGCUUCUAGGAAGGCCUGGAUUGCCGGAGAAUGGCAAGUCCUAUACCGAGAAGGAGCAAUAACCAUGGCUUUGCUAGAAAAUCUGGUGGCGGGAAACGUCUACAUUGUCAAGAUAGCUGCAUCCAAUGAAGUGGGAGAGGGCCCCUUCUCAAAUUCAGUAGAGCUUGCAGUUCUUCCAAAGGAAACCUCAGAAUCAAAUCAGAGGCCAAAACGUUUAGAUUCUACUGAUGCGAAAGCUUAUUCUGGUUAUUAUCAGUUGGACCAGAAAUCCAUGACUGGCAUUGUUGUUGGUGUGUGCAUAGCACUGACUUGCAUACUUAUCUGUAUCCUCAUUUUGAUCUACCGAAGCAAAGCCAGGAAAACAUCUGCUUCUAAAACUUCACAGACAGGAACUGAACAAUUAUCUCGUACCAAUGCCUCAUUAACCAGUGGGAAUGAGAUGAGGAAGAGCCUGGAAGGAAUUGUAGAGAAUGAAGAAUCUUUACUACCAAUGAUAGCACAAAAUAGCUUUGUGGAUGCAAAGGGUGGAACUGACCUGAUUAUCAAUAGCUAUGGUCCUAUAACAAAAACUAACCCUAAGAAAAAAUGGCUCUUUUUUCAAGAUUCCAAGAAGGUGAAAAUUGAGCAGCCUCAAAGAAGAUUUGUUCAAACGGUCUGCUUUUAUCAGCCAGGUACUACUGUUUUAAUAAGCGAUGAAGACUCCCCCAAUUCCCCAGGCCAGCCAACCAGUUUCCAAGUGCCCUUUGGGAUUACAACUGACACAGAGCAUUCAGCAAAUAGUGAAGGAAGCCAUGAGACUGGAGAUUCUGGAAGAUUCUCUCAUGAGUCUAAUGAUGAGCUACACCUGUCUUCAGUUAUAAGUACGACACCCCCUACCUCCAAUUCCUUCUUAGGCAGUGAUUCUGGUGGAGAUCCUGCCAUGAAUAAGUGUGAAGACCCUUCAGUGCCAUCAGUUGCUGAGCAGACUUCUGCUUCUUCUUUACAGUUACAGUCUACAAUGCUGUGCUUUGAUAAAAAUGAGUUUCCAGUCUAGACAGCCAUGCCAGACAUUUUCACAGUAUACAUAUAUGUAUAUUUAUAUAUAUAUAUGUUAUUAUAUAUAUAUAAAUGUCUGUUCGAAGGACAAUGAACAGGAAGCCAAAGCAUGUUGUGAAAGUCCUGAUGUCUUACUGGAUGUUUUUAAUAUUUUUGUUGAAUGUUUUUUUUUUUUUAAUUUUCAAACUCACUUUUUUUUGAAUGUUUUGUUGUAAGAAAUGUGAAAAGGUCAAUCUGACUAGAGUUUAAACUAUAUCACUGGAGCAGAGAGGACUUUUUAAGCCCCUUUGCUGACUAUCUACCUCAGUUUGCCAAAUGGUGAACUCUGAAGACAACUGAGUGACCUCAUUUGUGUUGUAGUUGAUUUCAGCUAUGUAACCAAUGAUACUUCCUACUAGCAUUUUUUUUAUUGCUGUAUGUGUAAUGUGUUUGAUCGAAGGAGUAAUAGGUGGAAGAGUAAGAAUGUUUACCUGAAGCUCUGACUUUUUAACAAAUUAUAAGAUCCACAUAGGUGAGAUAAUUAAGUACCUCUGACCAGGAGAAGUAUUGAGCCAUUUAAUUGGGGGGUUGGAGGAAAUUGGGACCAUUUUAAUCACUGGCAAAAAGAGGACUCUAUUGAAAUAACAAUAAUUUUUAAAUUGCAUGUAGCAAAUUACAUCUUUAAAGACAUUUAGAGUUUUCCUAUAGAGCCUGAGUACACCCAGAUAACCCUUCUAGAGCUGUGCCUUUUCAGUAUGCCCUCAAUGAUGACAGUUGUUCAAAAGACUAUGCUGUCUAAGCCUGUCCAUGGAAAUAUUUCACAUUCAUCAUUUUCCCAAGGUUAACUGUAGAACUCAUUUUUGAGAGUGAAUUCCUUAAGUUUGUAGGUUGUUUUCCUAAUCCUGGCUUGAUUUUGAAGGGAUAAGGAAACUUCCCAAAGGAGAACGUCACAGUAACGGUGCCUUCCAUUAUUUAUUAUGAAACUCUUUGCCUUAUGCCUUGUCAAUUUUCACAGCAUUGCUUAGGACAGGAGCACAUAAAGUUGCCUUAAGUAUAUACUGAAUUUUAUGGUUGCUUUUUAUUGUAAAGUACAGUAGCCCUCCAAAAUACUUAUUUGGGAUUUAUCUAGGGUUACAAGUGUUCAGGGCUCUAUCCAUUUCCAUGUGUUAUUUAGAGAACUCAGUACUAUUUUUUCCUUCAGUAUCAGAGCUGUUAGUGGAGAACAUUAACUUCAGGGAGGGAUUUUCAUCCUCGUGCUGAUUUUAAAUGGGCAUACCGUCUAUACUAUAGAGCAUUAUAGAGAAUAGUGAGUCAUGAGUAUCUAUUGAACUCCUACCUUGUGCUGAACACUAUGGAACAGCAGUGUAAGGGGAUUUUCUAAAAAAUAGCACGAUCUUAACAUGGUUCCCCAUUCCUUUAAUGUUAUAAAAAUUGUCUAGAAAUUACUUUGGGGUCUUAUUUUAAGAAGAAUUUUAUAUUUUAAUCUCGUUAAAACUUUUCCUGAAUAGAUCCAUUGUUGGAUAGGAUUAUAAAAUGAACUAGAAAUCCUUUGAUAAAGAAAGAGGAUCCCUUCCCCAAUCCUAGCAUUCCCAAACAAUGGUAGGGACAUAUUUAUUGAAUUCUGUUGUAUGCCAAAAUGAAUACACUUAGAAGCAAACUAAACUGAAGUUUGGAAAGACAACUACUUUUCAACUCAAAUUCAAAGCUUCCAUUAAAGAGUCCAUUUAAAAUGUGAGCUUCAGGAAAAAAUAAAAAAGCAGAGCUUUAGGUGAACAAUCUGAUGCAAGAAUAAAUGCUACUCCUGCCUGUUAUAGCUCCUGUUUUAUACUACCUCCUUUUAAAGUUAUUCUAGUGUUAUUUUUUUUUCCUGUACUCAGGGAACAUUGUGUUGCUUUUGAGCUGCCUCAUGUAAAUGUGGGCAAACUGACAGGGUAUGGUGUUUUUUGCUUUUUAAGUAGGAGCAGUGUAUAGGUUAAUUUCACCAGUAUCUAAAAUUAUGGAAUACAAUUAGACAUUUUAAAAAAUUUUUAUAAACAUUAUCAAAAAGCAAACAAACAAAAAACCAAAAACUUUUAGUUUUAAAAAGCUAAAAAAUAUCCCAUCAAGAUUAUGGGACAUGCAUCUUGGAGUGGUUUGACUUAGAGCUAGUUUUAAAAGCCUAAGAAACUAAUCCAGAAUCCCUGAAUAAAAGUAUUUUGUUUGUUUGUUUGGUUUUGAUUAACCAGGCCAUUGCUGAUGCAGAUCUUUAGGCUGUUACCUCUUUGCUUAUUGUGUACCAGUACCUUUUUCUUUAAAUAUUGUUGCUAAACAGGCAUUAUAAUAAUUAUAAUAAUAAUAAUCCUGUUACCAAAGAAUUUUCUGUAGAAAAGAGAAGAAAGUCAAACAUUAUUUUCAAAAAAAUUGAAUUAGCUAAAAACUAUAGGUUUGAAGCUCUGAUUAAAAUUUUUUAUUAUACAAGUAGUUACUAACCCAAGACUAUAGGGCUUAUAUGAUUAUAGUUGAUUAAAUAGAUUAGUAUAGACUUCUACAAUUUUAACUACCUUAUUGUUACCAGAGCAUUUUACCAGAAAUAGUUCCAAAGAAUGUCAAGUGUAAUUUUUUUUUCCUUCAGCAAGUAAUUUUCUGACUAUACAGUAUUAGAGUAACUAUUUUUAAAUUGUUGAAUCUACUUGUUGAAGGGGGGAAAAAUUUUUGUCACCAAAGAUAUGUACAUAUGUGUCUCAUCAAGCAAAAAUUUUAGUGUACAGCAAAUAUGACUUUCUACUAGCUAAAGUGUGUUAAAUCUAAAUAUGAAUUUGUUACCAAAAGGUGAAGUUUAUCACUCUCUUUCAGAGUAGUGUCACUUCACAGUUUUUCACUCCCAAGGGGCUGAUAUGCAAAGGGUAACUGUAUUCUUCUCCAAAGACUUGUUUGCUAUAAGUACUAAUACAUUUCAUUUUAUGCCAAAUGUACAAGUAGAUGUUGCUCAUCCAUAUUUUCAUACCAAAGACCAGUAAAUUAUAUAGGCUAGCCUAUGACAAAUUAAAGAUGAGCAGAUUUGAAAUAAUGUUUAGUGGCUUUUUAGAAAGGAUAUUUAGCAUUAGUAGCUAAAGAUAUCAAAGUUUACAUAAUUAAAACACAAUAUAGCUAUGGUGCUAUUAAUGUUUUUAUUCAAGUACUUUUUAUCAGCAAAUAAAGAAAAACCAAAGAUAUUUAAAGUUACCUCAGCAUAUAGGCAAAUUUAGUUGUACAUUAAACCCUCUGUCUCUUAUUUUUAUGUUAACCAAUUAUGUCUCUCCAGAGCCCAUUCCACAUAUAAAUGUCAGGCAUCGGUACUUUCCAUUGAAUCUAAUGAUUCAAUCAUAGAAUUUUUUUAAAAUCAAUACAGAGCCAUUCUUCUUUAACAGUCUGCUCACAAAAUCCCACCAGAAAUUUCAUCAGACUAUAUUCAGUUUCAGAUCAUUAUGGCAACCCUCUGAAUUAACCUAGGCAAUUAUCUUCAGUGUUAAUACAAAAGGUUUGAAACUUUCCUCUGUAAUGAUGUUGGGGGUAAAGGUCUUCAGGUAAAUUUUUAGGGACAUAGGUAAAAAGAACAGAUGUGAUCAUAGAACAGGUAGAUCUCACUUUCUGCAAUAUAUGCUACUGAAAAUUUAUUUACAAUUCAAAUCUUCACUUAAAUCACUGCAAAUGCACUAAGGAGGUUGCUAAUUAAAAGAAUUAUGUGGGAAAUCUUUUUUUAUAAAGCAAAGCAAAGACUACAGUUUCCAGUUGGAUUUGUAUAUUGUAGAUGCUGGGUUAGCUUAAAGCAAGAUACACUUGUAGUGUUUUAAGUGAGUUAAGAAAUUUAAUUUAGGGUGUUAAGGGAGUUCAUAUCCUCAGCAUUCUGGACUAAAUUUACUUCCAUUUCAUAUUAUUCCCAUUGUAAGCACUGGGAGAAAUAUAAAGUAGCCCUUUGCUCCAAAAAUAUAUCCUUGCAAGAAGAAUGCUCACCAGUUGCCAACCUAUAAACACUCUACCUUGUCAGGGCCAUAAUGUAGACACAGCUUUGAUAACCAUUGAAGUUUGCAAAAAAAAUAUAUUGUGUGGAAAGUAUUUAAAUUUAGUGUAAGAAUAAUUCAUAUAAAAUUUGUUUAAACCUCAGAUGUUGGACCAUUCAGCAAAGGAUGAAUUUAUCUAUUUAACAUAAACUUUAUUUCAUUAAAUUUUGAACCUACAGUGUUAAUAAAUUCAGCUUUUUAAAAAAAUUUUCCCAAGGCCAACUACAAUACACAUUUACUUUGUCAAGUUUUAUCCUGCCUAUUUAUUAUGUGGACCUCUGAUUACAUUAUCUUAAUAGCCACAGAUUAUCCAGCAAUUUCUGUUGGCUGUGAUUACAGAGUAAGGGUUCUGGAGACCAGAAAUACUAUAAAUUGUCAUUGUGGGUUUUGCUCAAUUUACUUAGAAGAUGAACAUAAAGGUGGAAUUUUAUUUUAAACUCUUUGAACUCAUUUUAAAACUAUACUUUGAAAAUAAGAAUGCAAGGCUAAUACAAUGUGUGUUUUCAGUCUUUGGUCUUUUGCCAGGCAGCUCAUGUAUUUUCCAAGUGUUUAAGAGCAAUAGGAAAGUCUUAUAUUAACCUUACCAUUAAGUUAUUUCCAUUAAAUCCUCUUAGCAAGACACCUAUAAUCCUUUACUGGUUAGAAAUCAGUCCAAAGUUAGGCAAAAAGGGUAGAUGCUUUCUGCAUGAUGCAAAGACCAUGAAAACACCUGACAUUUCAUCAAAUGUUCAUAAUAAAUUUUCUCUCUAAAACACUGCAUACAUUUUGAAUUAAACUUUAAUUUUUCCAACAUGUGCUUUUAAAAGAAGUUUUUAGAUUCCAAUUUAACAGAAAGUUUUAAAAAUACUUGCCUAUAUCUUUAUUAAUUUUAGCAGUAUUUUGGAAACUAUUUAUAUUGUAUUUAAUAUGACUUCCUACUUUUUAUUGAAUUUGAAUUCUUUUACCAUGAACAAAAUUUUUAUUUCAAGUUAGCUCUACUCUUGCUUAAAAGGGUUAUUUACGAUGUUAUUUCUGAUCAUAUGUAUUUGGCCUCUAAAGAACAAAUGAAGCUUUUGUAUGUUGUUUGCUCUUGAGAUAUCCCAUCUAUCAAACCUAAAAAACAAAACAAAACACAAUCUGUUUUUUUGAUAGCAGAAGACGUCAUCAGAUGUUCUACCAGGUUUCCUUCUGAGCUAUAAUAGAGUCAUUACCUGCAGGGUCAGAAUGAAGAAAGAGUACUAGACUAAGAUUCAGAAAGUGCAGAUUAUAGGACUGGUUCUUUUACUAAUGCACUGUGUCUUCUUGGCAAUUCACUGAACCCUUCUCAUCUCAGUUUUCUCAUCUGCAAAAUGAGGUUGGACCAACUCUUUUUAGUUCUAACAUUGUAUAAUUUUAGUUUACAUAUAUAGAAUGUUUUGUGGUUACAAACCUAGAGCUUCUGAACCCAGUGCUUCUUCUUACAAUAUUUCUCUUGAAUCAGUUCAAUUGUAUUUAUUUUUGAUACCCCAGGUAGGGGUAUUUUAAAUCCCCAAAAGGAGGUAUUUUAAAUCCCCCCCAAAAAAAUUGUUCUAGUCUGUUCCAACUGAACAAUAUUAAAUACAAACUUUGUUUUCAUUGUCUUAGCAUUAUAAAGACAAUCUUGGAAAGCUCAAUGUAGGUUGGAGUAUUGAAUCAGCCUGACAGUCAAUGCUAUUUUUUGAUUGGAGCAAAGAACAAGAAGUGUUUUUCUAUACUUUCCUGAAUCAAGUUUUAGAGUACAGCUUUCUUUAUACUAACUUCUGAGGGCCACUUUUAAGAACAAAUAAGAAAGAAGAUAUGCUUUGAAAAGUUAAAGAACUGUCCAAUAAAAGAAAGUUACCGCCAAAGAAAUUUUAUUAGGCUGUAGGUUAGCAUAUAUAGAUCUUAUUUUCUUUUCACAGUAGGUUUAUCGAAUCCUUUGCUUAAGUCAAAAUUAAAAUAUUAACAUCCUUUCCAUAGUAACCAAAUAAAUAAUCAUGGGAAGAAAGUGGCAGAGAGAAUACAACUUGGGAUUUAAAAUUGCCUGGAUAAUCCACAUGUGGAUAAAUUAAGAGUAAACUGCAUUCAGCAAUUACAAAGCAUGCAAGUGUUCUGUAUCUCACACAAAGCAUUGUUUUUCUAGGAAAUUAUAUCUCCAUACUUCUAAUUUAUUAUCAAAAUUCUUUCCAUAAAAUAGUCUGAUACUCUGGGAAAAUAUUGGAUAUCAACUUUAUUUCUAAUUGAAAUUAUACAAAAAUGUAAUUGGUAAUUUGAGCCUACUUUUAAAAGGAUUUAUAAAGACUGAAUAUACAUACAUUGCCUCAGCCCAUCAUUAGAGUAGAUGGGUAUAUAUUGUUGUUUUGUUAAUUUUUUAUGAAAUGUUCCACUUUUUUUUAUCCUUCAAAGAUGUGAAUGAUUUGAAAGUGUAGGAACCAGUUAUAUAUCUCAUAUUGUGGGUGUUCUGGGUCCUUUCACUCCAUAUACCAUUUUCUUAUAUAAGGGUAACAUUAGCAGACUUGCCAAUGGAGAAUAGAGCUGAGUUAUUUUAAUUUUAUAUUUGACUCAGGGGAUCAGCUCUGUGAACACCAUUGUAUAAAGAAAGCCAAUGUUUGCCUUGAUUUUGAAUGUACCUUUUUCAUGUCUUUAAAAAAUAAUUUUGUUAUAAUGUCAGUUUGUUUUCUUUUUUCUAGCAUUAUAGUAUAUGUUAUCUAGUGUUUUUCCCCUUCCCCAGGAUUGUUUAUAUGCUAUCCCAAAGGUCAUGCCAAAAAUGAAUAGAAGUUUAAAUGCCAAAAUGUUUAUGAAACUGCUGUCUAAAUACUGAUUGAUUGCACAGUUUUAAUAAAACUUUUCCUUAGUAAAAAGUA